GACAUUUAAUUAAUAUUUGUUGACAGUGUUAACCCCGCUGAGUGUUUAAUUAAGCCUGUGGCCUGCUGCCGUUGUGUUUGGACCGCUGUAUUUCUGGCAGCAAGUGCGUUGAAAAAGAAUCAAUUUCCUGUUCGGCUGCUGGAGCUCGGUUAGCUAACAGGAGGAAGUUUCCUUGUCCCGACUGAAGCAGAAAACAGGACUCUGAUCAGGUCAUCAGGCAGUCUCCCUAUGUCAGUCCGAAACGGGUCUGCCAGUGAUGCAGACUGCCGGAUCUCUGAGGACUGCAGCGUCCCAGAUGUUGAGCUGAUGGAGCUCGGGCCGCUGCUGGAGGAGGGAGGGGGGCGGCAGGGGCCAUGUAAAGGCAUUCAUCCGGAGGGAGCAGCGAUGCUUGCUGAUGAGGAAGAAGAGGACGACGAGGUGGGCGAGGUUUUGACUUUACCUCUUCAGGCUCAUCAUGCCAUGGAGAAAAUGGAGGAGUUUGUGCACAAGGUGUGGGAAGGUCGCUGGAGGGUCAUUCCUUUUCAUGUCCUGCCUGACUGGCUGAAGGACAACGACUACCUGCUGCACGGACAUCGACCUCCGAUGCCGUCGUUCAGGGCCUGUUUUGGAAGUAUCUUCAGAAUCCACACUGAGACGGGAAACAUCUGGACUCAUCUGCUAGGGUGGAUCUUAUUCGUUUGUCUGGGCACUUUAACCAUGUUGCGCCCCAACAUGUAUUUUAUGGCACCUCUGCAGGAGAAGGUUGUGUUUGGGAUGUUCUUCCUGGGAGCAGUCCUCUGCCUCAGCUUCUCCUGGCUUUUUCAUACUGUCUACUGCCACUCGGAAAAAGUCUCUCGCACAUUCUCCAAGCUCGACUACUCGGGCAUCGCCCUCCUGAUCAUGGGCUCCUUCGUGCCCUGGUUGUACUACUCCUUCUACUGUUCCCCUCAGCCUCGACUAAUCUACCUCACCAUCGUUUGUGUUCUUGGCAUCGCUGCCAUCAUAGUGGCCCAGUGGGACCGAUUCGCCACCCCUCGUCACAGGCCAACAAGAGCAGGCGUGUUCAUGGGUCUUGGACUUAGUGGCAUUGUCCCCACCAUGCACUUCACCAUCGAGGAAGGAUUCGUAAAGGCCACCACAGUCGGACAGAUGGGUUGGUUUUAUCUGAUGGGCGCCAUGUACAUCACCGGUGCCGGUCUGUAUGCGGCCAGAAUCCCUGAACGUUUUUUCCCCGGGAAGUGUGACAUCUGGUUUCAUUCUCAUCAGAUUUUCCAUGUCCUGGUCGUUGCAGCAGCGUUUAUUCAUUUCUACGGCGUCUCCAACCUGCAGGAGUUUCGCUACGGCCUCGAAGGAGGAUGCACAGAUGACUCUCUACUCUGAAAGGCCCAACUGUGACUUAUUUUUUCUUUACAGCUACACCCACACAAACACACACCCAUACACGCAAAAUGCUGCUGGACAUCAGUAUAGUCUCUUCUUGCUCCUUCUGUACUUCUGGGUUGCUUACAUCUUUGGGUUUUAGUGGUCUUUCUGCUUUGGCUUUUUUGCUCCAGUAAAGUAGCAUUUACUAGCCAACGUACUAUGGAGGGAUCAGACAUUACUUAUUACUAUGAUACCUGUCAGAUAAGUGUUACAGAUAGUGUUUUCAAUUAGGAUUAAAGUGGGAUUUUUAACAAAUCUGAUAGCCUCUACAUAGGUUCUCUCUGUUACCCUGAACCUCUUCAUGGUCUGUUACAGUUGCACAAAAGGGUUCAGAGUAAUAUUAUUUAUGCUAACGGAGAAGGCCUGGACUUCAAGUCGUCCCCCCUCACAUGCAGGUUAGAGGAUGGUUGGAGGGUCUACAGCGGCGUGGAAGCCGGAGAGAACAGACACGCCUGCGUAAAGAGUGGGAAACUGUCUGAAUGUCACCGGAUGUUUGUUUUCAAUACUGAUAUUGAUUACCUAUGUUUGGCUUCUCAGCAAUAAAGGGAAAAAAAAAAAAAACGUGAAAUUUCCAAAACCCCAUUCAGUAGAAAACUCCAGUGUUUUUAUAAUGUUUUAAGGCAAAUUUGAAAUGGUCAUCCAGGCACUCAAGGUGAGAAGAGUCUCUAAUGUCCGAGCAGAAUAAUUUAACGUGCACAACCUUUGAGGAAUCAGGUGAAUUCAUAGUUUCUGAUGACGUCUUUGGACGUUUUGCCUCCUAUUGCAAACAUCCAAAAUGGAUUGCUUAUAAACUGUUCAAUGCAACAGAGAAGCUGUAAUUGUUUGUAGCUGAUGUGUAAAAAUAAACCUAAUUCAGGUUACAUUGGGACAAAGUCUUCAUCCCAUCGCAGAUCAAUUAGGAAUAACGCUUCAAUUAUAAACUCUUAGUUGGUAGCUCUUGAGCUGCGACCAAUGUACGGAUCUGAAUCGGCGAUCAAACUCCAUCUUAGUCGACUGGAGGUUUUUCUUUACUGCUGGAUUUCAGAUGUAAAGAGGUGUAAACAUUUAGCGCACCUUGCGUACUUUAGAGGAUUAAAUUCAAGACUGUAAAAUCAUUAAAUGAGGUUUAAAAUGUGUUCUGGAUGAUUGGUAGAAACUUUUGAGUAUUCCUGUGCCUUACGCCAACGGAAAUGUUUUUAAAUAAAACGGCCUAUCCUUUACAGUCAAAGGAA